UCACCUUGUAGAAACAAUACCGGAAAAUGUGACGUAUGAUCAGCCGUUGGAAUUCCCUUCGACAUCGGAAACUUGGAAAAGACUGAUCAGUUUGGCCGAAUCAACAAUUGAUAUCGCAUCCUUCUACUGGACUCUUCUUCCUGAAAGUGCCGGUUCCUACAGGGGUGAAACAACUCAAGAUGGGGUCGAUAUUUACAAUGGUCUGAUAGCAGCAGCGGCAAAUAGAAGCGUCAAAUUGCGAAUUGUCCAGAAUGCACAGGCGAAUAACGAGACGGCGGAUUUGGCGAGCAAAGGCUGGGCCCAUGUUCGCAGUUUGAACUUUUCAAACUGGUUUCCUGGGGGAGUGUUGCAUACGAAGUUCUGGAUUGUCGAUAAGAAGCACCUGUAUCUGGGCUCGGCCAAUCUUGACUGGCGAGCUUUAACUCAGGUGAAAGAACUAGGUGUUGGUGUCUAUAAUUGCCCGUGUUUGGCCGAGGAUUUGACCAAACUGAUGGAAGUGUACUGGGAAAUGGGCGCACCGAACAAGCAGUUACCAUCUGUAUGGCCGAUCAGUCUGGCAACUCGUUACAACAGCACCAACCCACUGCUGGCCACACUAAACGGCCAACAGAGCGCCGUUUAUAUCUCGGUCACUGUUUAA